UACAGUAGAGCACAGGACCUGUUGUAAACAAUUCCUUCUUGAUUUGAUAUCUAAAAGAUGAGCAUGGCCCAAAUUCUUCAUAAAAGACCAGGAAAUUUAAUGAACAGCACAGAAGUUCCAUGUUCCAAAAAGAAGAUGAAUGGAAUUAAGAAACCCCACCCUAGGGACAGUUUGGAGAAAAUUGCCUCGGACCAGGGACUUGACUUAACUGACCGGAAGUUUGCAGAGUACAUGGACAGUGUUGACCCACUGAGGCACCUUAGGGAUGACUUUUGUUAUCCAAAGAUGAAGGACUUACAAAAGACUGAUUUAAGUCUUGUGGACCCAGAGGAAGAUUGUGUAUAUUUCUGUGGAAAUUCCCUUGGACUCUGUCCAAAAAAGUUCAGAGAAUACACGCUUGUCGAGGUUAACAAAUGGGAAAAAACAGGGGUGGAGGGUCACACCUCAGGUGACUUACCCUGGGCAUGGUGUGAUGAGUACUUCUGUGAAGACAUGGGGAAAAUUGUUGGUGCUAAGAAAGAGGAAAUUGCAGUUAUGAAUGGACUGACAGUUAAUCUUCACUUACAACUGAUUUCAUUUUAUCGACCUACACCUACAAGAUACAAAAUCCUGAUGGAAAGCAAGGCUUUUCCUUCAGAUCAUUAUGCUGUAGAGAGCCAGAUAGAACUCCAUGGGUAUGACCCCAAAACAGCCAUGAUAUUAAUAGAGCCAAGAGAGGGAGAAUUGGUCAUUCGCACAGAGGAUAUACUGUCUAAGAUAGAGGAGGAAGGGAACUCCAUUGCGGUGAUUUGUCUCAGUGGUACACAGUACUACACAGGACAGGUGUUUGAUAUACCCACUAUCACAGAGGCAGGACAGCGUAAGGGGUGUUAUGUUGGAUGGGAUCUUGCACAUGCAGCUGGAAAUGUGGAGCUUAAACUUCAUGACUGGAAUGUAGAUUUUGCUUGUUGGUGUACUUACAAAUAUCUUAACAGUGGUGCUGGAAGUCUGGCUGGAUUUUUCCUUCAUGAGAAACACAAGGAUAAUGAUUUCCCCAAGCUCAAAGGAUGGUGGGGACACAACCUACAUUCCAGGUUUAUGAUGGACAAUAAUUGGUGCCCUUACUCUGGUGCCUUACAGUACAGAAUCUCAAACACUCCUGGUUUUUUGGCUCCAUCAAUCAAGGCCAGUUUAGAAAUUUUCAACAAGACCAGCAUGCAAGAGCUUCGAGCUAAAUCCUUACUUUUAACUGCUUAUCUAGAGGCUCUGAUCACUCUGAAGUAUGGACAACAGAGCAAGAUACCCUCACAAAACGGUGUACAAAAUGGUGCACUGCUACAAAAUGGUCAGAAUAGGACACUACACAUGAAUGAUCAAAAUGUAGAAGACUGGAAACAUGUCCAUGUAGACAUCAUUACCCCCUCAGAUCCCUCCCAGAGGGGGGCACAGCUCUCCCUGUCCUUUUCUGUUCCUGUUGCACAUGUGUUUGAAGAACUCACCAAAAGAGGAGUUGUAUGUGACGAGAGAAAACCUAACGUGAUCCGUAUUGCCCCAGCACCACUCUACUGCUCUUUCCUGGAUGUAUAUAGAGGCAUGAAAUACCUUGAUGAGUCCAUUCAAGCUGCUGCCAAAUAUAGCUAAUCUUAAGUCUUGUGAUUUAAGAACAUCCAAAAACAUGAAAUCAUCUUGACAUCUAAAUAUUAUCAUAUAAUAUGAUAAAAAAAAGACAAUAUUUUUUAAAAUGCUCUCAAAACAUUUGCCAAUGCUUUAUUUAAUAUACUAAUAUAUGCAGACAGCUUCAAGAAACAUAAGGUCAGACUAAAGGGAAUCUCUCUUUGCCAUAUUUUUCAAAAUGUCUAUAUACAUGUACCUCUAUUUUGCAAUUAAUUUUCUAAUUAUCCCAUAUUAGUGAUACAAUGUAUUAUAAUAAUAAUUAUGAUUUUUGGUAUGGUUCACUUAUUUUAAUAUAUAUUUAAUUAUAUAUAUACUGUAAAAUUACUGAUUUUUCAUGGGGUCAGAUUUUCGUGGCUUGAGGAAAAAUAUUGGUUCAAGAGGAUUUGAUUUCUUGGAUGAAGGAUAGACUUUAUGCUGUUAUAUAGAAUUUUAACAUUUUGUGGGGCACAAUUUUGUGGAUCUCCUCAUACCACAAAAUCAAGGAAAAAUUCCCCCCGAACUCCCCUUAAUUAGUGAUUUCACAGUAAUUGAUUAUCCAUUUUGUACUUGUAAAGGUUGAGGUCUGUAUGAAAUAUUAUCCAUACAUAAGGGUGAGAGGAUACACCUCUACAAUAUGAUACCAGGCACCUAUAUACUAAAGGGAUAGGCAACUCCUUCACAAUAUAAUACCAGAGACCUAUAUACUUAAGGAUAGGCAACUCCUUCAAAAUAUGAUACUAGGGGUGAUUUAAAAAUCAUUAGAAUUUUUAUGUCUUGUUAUGCAUGUUUACAUAGAAAUGGACAUGAUCCAUGAUAUGUUAUCAAUUUUGAUAUAGUUCAUAUGUGGGGUACAAAUACAUUUGACAUCAUAUGACAUUAUACAAUUAUGGACUGUUUAGAGGGGAGGGUGCUUGCACCCUCAGGUGACAAUCCUUCUCAGACCUGAUUCUAAACAGUCCAUAAUAGUUUUAUUAUCCUGAAGAAUCUAAAUUUGAUAAAAUAGAGUAGGAAAUAUCAGUAAAACCUCUUUUAUUCUCCUAUCAACUGCUCUGAUUCAAUAUUUUCAAAAUAUUUCAACAGACAUCUUUGACAUUUUAAUUUCACCUAAAGGGAGACAACACAGUUGUCACCCUGUGAGCUCACUUGCCCUGCUUCAUUGUCAUUUGAAGGGAGACAACAUAGUUGUCACACUGCGCGUGAUGCACAUGCUAAACCAAUCAGAAUGACUAUAUUAUUCUGAAGUAUAAUAAAACAAAUUGACAUAUGACAUAACAAAUUAAGCCUGAUUACUUAAAUUAGCUGACUCACUGGUCAAUUGGAAAAAGCAGAUUGUGCAGAAGAUGAAGUUCAUCCAGGUAGAAGAGUCGUGAAGGGUCAUGUUGGUAGCAACUCUGGUGUCAUAUACACCCUCCCCAACAGGCACUUUUCUAUCUGGAAGUUAUUUUGAUUUUAAGAAAUUUCUCUGGUGGGCAGUUGUUUCCAAUUUAUAAUUUAUUAAAGAAAACUUUUAUACUUGUCCUCCAUUGGUUUUAUUUUCAUGUAUUUAUUCACAGGUAGACUGUUUUGAAGAAUGGGUGGUUAUUUUUUCACACUUUACUAAUAAUUAAUAAGUGCUAAUGAUUUCACCAACUAAUAAAGAAAGUAUUUGAUGAUUAAGAGUUUUCUCAGUUGUGCUUUCUAUGUGAUACAAUUGUUUUAUAAUUUCCUGUUUUAUUGUUAUCGUUUAGUAUGAUUUUUUAAUUAUUGUUUUAUUUUUGUCUACACGGUAUUAAGAUUAUAUUUUGAGUAUUCAUGAAAUAAAAAUCCUCCACAUGUGGUAUUAUACAGUUCCUAUUGAUUAAAUAUCCAUUGCAUAAGCAUUGUAAAAUGUGAUUUUAGCUCUACUGGUCAGAGACUGGAAGAGCUUAUGCGAUAGGAAGGUGUCCGCCGUCCAUCCAUCUGUCUGUUCCUCUGUCUGUAAACAAUUUUUCAAAAUGCUACUCCUCCUACAGUUUUGGUCUGAUUUCAAUAUAACUUGCACACAGGUAGACUACACCAAGAUACAUAAUUCUGUAUAUCAGUUUUUGAUUUCGAUGAAUGUUACUGAAAUAGAAAUUUCGGUGAAAUACUUUCAAAACACUACUCCUCCUACAGUUUUGGUCCGAUUUCAAUAUAACUUUGGUCUUAUUUCAGUAUAACUUGGCACACAAGUAGACAACACUAAGGUACAUAAUUCUGUACAUGUAUAUCGCUUUUGAUUUUUUUGCCACAAAAAGAGACUAAACCAAGGAUCAUUAUUCCAUUUAUUGCAGUUGCAAAGUGUUAAGUCCAAGUGCAACUUUUCUCUUCCUUGUUAUAAGUUCAAAACCAGUAGAGCUACAGUCUCAUUAGAACUUCUGGGGUUUUUUUUGUUCCUGUCAAAGAGUUACAAGUCUUAUGCUUAUGGUUUCCAAAAAUUGAAUGUUUGUUUUUAAAACCAUUACUAUUAUCAAUAUUUUGAUAAUGAAAAAUGCCCUCAAUCAAUGUUUGGCAAAAUCAAAAUACAAAUACAGUGUACAUGUACUUCAAAGUACACAUAUACCAAAUAACCAGGAAAUUUUACAUACUACAAUGUUACGAUAUAAAUAGAGGAUAUUCAAUGUUUUGUAGAUGAAUAUGGAAUUUAUUUCACGAGUGGGACAGGAUUUUUUUUAUAUUUUCACGAGUG